CAAUAAAUUUGUUUACAACAGCUACAGGAACAACAGUUUCCAAUAUCAGAUUUCAGUUGAUUGAGGAAAGACGAAAAUUAACGCUGAAAUGUCAAAAGAUAUACAAUGUGCAGCUAUUGAAGAAUGAAAAACGAGAGCGAAACUUUUGCUACCGUAUCGGAAGCGUUGUCACGUACGCAAUGCAUUGAGAACUACGAUGAGCAUCGAUUCACGUACGCUUACAAAUUGACCACCCCGUACACCUAUAAAUACGUUUGUCACUGGAAACCAAACAGUCAGUUUCCUCCUUGACUUUCGUUCAAUCGUAGGAUUAUCCAAUAUACCAAUCGACAUGGCUAUUAAGCAAGCAAUUAUCGUAUUGGCGAUUGGUGUAUUCGCAACGUGCAAGGGAGCAGCAGUUCCUCUGCCAGCAGUUCCUCUACCAGCGAUACCAUUAGCCAAAGUUGCGCCAGCGCUUAACUACGAUCCUCAUCCGCAAUACACUUACGCCUAUGACGUCCAAGAUAGUCUGACUGGCGACUCGAAAAGUCAACAAGAAACCAGGAAUGGCGAUAUAGUCAGCGGUAGCUACAGUUUCAUUGAAGCUGAUGGCACUAGGAGGAUCGUCGAGUACACGGCGGACCCUGUGAACGGGUUCAACGCGGUUGUUCACAGAGAACCUGUGGCUGUCAUUAAACCAGUGGCUGUCGCGAAGGUUGCCCCGGUAGUUUUUGCAAAAGAAGGAGAGAUCAAAGUGGGGGCGGUGUGCAUGCGUGUCGAGGUGGCUCGAGUUUGGGUGCAAGGAAUAGCUCGGGUUAUUGUUUGGCGGAUGACACGAAAACACCGACGGUCAUCACGGCGUAUAAAAGUACGACGAAUCUUACCCCGAGGCAUCAGUCCUCUGGCGAUCCUCUUGCAAACAAACAUGGCUGGAAAGCUCAUCAUACUCAUAAGCGUGGCGGCGCUCUCGAAGGGAGCGGUGGUCCCGGUGGCGUUGCCAGCGGCAUUGCCAGCGGCAAAGCUCGAGGAACUGGACGCGUCCCCUCAGUACAGCUUCGCGUACGACGUUCAGGACGCGUUGACCGGCGACUCGAAGGCCCAAUACGAGACGAGGAACGGCGAUCUGGUGCAGGGUAGCUACAGCCUGAUCGAGGCGGACGGUACUCGACGCAUCGUCGAGUACACGGCGGAUCCAAUAAACGGGUUCAACGCGGUGGUCAGCCGAGAGCCAGCUACCGCCGUGGCCGCCAUUGCCGCUCCGCUGGUACCGUACGCACCUGCCAUUGCACCUCCAGUGGCAGCAGCAGCAGCAGCAGCAGCAGCACCUGCACCAGCGCCAGCGAUCCCAUCCACCGGCCCGGACUCCGACGUCGAGGUCGUCGAGGCUAGGUCCGGCCCACUGGUCGCAGCAGGCGCGAUCCCUCGCGAGGAACAGCUCCGACGGCAGCAGGAGCAGCAGCUGCAACAGCUGAGACAGCUGGAGAGGCAGCAACAGCAGCAGCUUCAACAGCUUCAACAGCAGUCCAGGCAGCAGCAGCAAAGGAUAACGCAGCAGCGGCGAGGAAACGAGCAAGAGGAGAGGCAGCAACAGCAGCAGAGACAAUCCCAGGAGCAACCACCACUUUCGCUUGGUCAGGGGGCGCCGGUGAAAGCUCUCGCCUCUCCGGUACAGUUGGCUGCGCAACCAGCGAGAUUGGUCGCGGCCAAACCUCUCGCCAGCUACGCGGCUUAUCCUGGCGCGUACGCUUACACCGCCGCGUACACGUCGCCGUUAGCCUACGCUGCACCCCUCGGCGGACUCACUUACGCUCCUGCCACCGCGCUUCUCUAAAGCGACAAUCGUCACCCUCUGCCCGUGAGAUCUCGUUUUGUCACCCUACGACUAACUUGAGCCGAGUCGAAAUAAAAACAAGUGUAAAUUG